AUGGCCAAGAAUACUGAUAUUGAUGCGAUUAUCAAGUCGCUGACGUUGGAGGAGAAGAUAUCCCUGCUCGCAGGCCAGAACUUCUCCGAGACUGUCGGUCUGCUCGAAAAGGGAGUCCCGGCGAUCAAGACAGCUGAUGGCCCCAAUGGAGUCCGUUCAGCAGCUACAGACCUUAGCAUCAAAUCCGCCUGUUUCCCGGCAGCAUGCAAUCUCGCAGCGAGCUUCGACACAGAACUCGCCGAGAGAUUCGGCCGUGCUCUCGCCAAGGAGGCAAGGGGGAAGAGAGCCCACUGCAUCCUAGGACCUACAGUUUGCAUUCACCGACAUCCGCUUGGAGGGCGUAACUUUGAGAGCUUCAGUGAAGACCCUUUCCUCGCCGGAAAGAUGUCUUCUCGAGUUAUUCAGGGUCUGCAGAGUGUUGGUGUGUCCGCGACGAUUAAGCAUUUCGUGGCCAACGAGCAGGAGACGGCUCGGACGACGGUCGAUGAGACUAUCGACGAGCGAGCUCUUCGUGAGAUUUAUCUACGUCCCUUCGAGAUUGCCAUCAAGGAGGCCAAGCCCUGGGCUAUCAUGACAGCUUACAACCACGUCAACGGAGUCCACUGCGACGAACACAACUGGCUCUUGAAGGACGUCCUUCGUGGAAACUGGGGAUGGAAUGGCCUCGUCAUGAGUGAUUGGGGUGGCACAAACUCAGUUGCUUCCGCCCUCAACGCCGGGCUGGACUUGGAAAUGCCUGGACCUCCUCGACUUCGCAAGGAGGCUGAUGUUAUCGAAGCACUUAAGAAGGGAGAAGUCACGGAAGAGGUCAUCAAUGAGCGGGCCAAGUCUGUCAUUCAGUUCGCUCUCAAGCUCAAGGCCCUUGAGGAUGAGGCGGAUCCUGCUGUUCUCGGACAAUCUACCGAUAGCCCCGAACUCCGGAACAUGAUCCGAGAAGCUGGUGCACGAGGCAUUGUGCUGUUGAAAAACGAGGGAAAUCUUCUACCCCUUUCAAAGGACAAGGUUAGCAAGAAGAAGAUUGCUCUCAUUGGCUUCGCCAAGGAUGCUAUGGCCCACGGUGGUGGCAGUGCCGCGGUCAAUGCUUACCGAAAAGUCACACCUUGGGACGCCCUACAUGAAGCCCUUGGCGAUGAUGUUGAGUUUACAUUUGCCAAAGGAGCCCACCGUGAGCGUCUUCUUCCAGCAAUUAGCAAGGAGGGCUCUUGCGGUACUGUGGUCGGUCUUGAUGGACAACCAGGCUUCAGCCGACAACUGUUCGAGAGUGGCAAGACUGAGCCUGUGUCAGUCAUCUCCCAGCCAACCUCGGUGUAUUCGCCUCUAGGAUCUCAAGAGUCCCUCUGGCGAAGACUCGAGAUUGUUGGAGACUUUACACCAGCUGAGACAGGUACACAUUACAUCGCCUGCUCUGGACUCGGACCUACUCGCGUCUUUGUCGACGACGAUCUCAUCUUUGAGCAGCCUGGAAACUGCUCGGACCCCAUGGGCUCGCUGUUCUUGGCAGCUCCGGAGCCCGAGUUCCGCUAUAGCUUCGAGGCUGGCAAGACAUACCGUCUGCGCAUCUGCAGUGACCCCCCAACAAAGAUUGGCUUGACCAUUCUUGAAGGUCGCAGUGGCGUUCGCCUCGGCUUCUCCUUGGAGUCAGACCAUGAUGCUGAUCUCCUCGGAGAAGCUUCCGAGGUUGCCAAGAAUGCUGACUACGCUAUUGUUUUCACUGGCCACGACCCUCAAUGGGAGACUGAGGGUCGUGAUCAGGACUCUUUCAACCUGCCUCGCAAGGGAACUCAGGAUGCCAUGGUCUCGACUGUUGCGGCUGCCAACAAGAAUACCAUUGUGGUGAACUCCACCGGUGUUGCUAUCGCUAUGCCCUGGCUCGAUCAAGUAUCUGCCGUCAUGCAAGCCUGGUUCCCCGGUCAAGAGUGUGGUUACUCUAUCGCCGACGUUCUCACUGGAGCCGUCAACCCCGAAGGUCGACUGCCAGUCAGCUUCCCCAAGCGCCUCGAAGAUUGUCCAGCGCACGGAAACUUCCCUGGAGAGUACGUCGAUGAUCAACUCAAGGUCAAGUACGAGGAAGGAGUCUUUGUUGGAUAUCGACAUUUUGAUCGCCUUGACAAGGACAAGAUCAACUUCGCCUUUGGUCACGGCUUGUCUUACACAACUUUUGCAUAUGGCCUGAAGAGUGUCACGAGAGAUGAGAGAGCCUGGGCUGUCACCGCUGAAGUCUCAAACACAGGAAACAAGGCUGGAGGUUCACUGGUGCAGGUUUACGCCGGACGAGCCUCUUCUAGUGCAGACCACCCAAUCAAGGCUCUCGUAGCCUUUAGCAAGGUUCAACUACAGCCUGGCGAGAAGAAGACGGUGCAGCUUUCAGUGAAGGAUAGAGACUUGGCGUACUACGACAGUGGUCUUAAGAAGUGGGUAGUUGAUGAGGGAGAAUAUCGCUUCUAUCUGGGUUCUUCGGCGGCUGAUCUCGUGGGAGAGGUUGUUGUGAAGUCGGAGAAGUUGACUUUCGACCCAUAG